AUGCCUGAUAACUCAAGCAGUGCCAAAAAUGGACAUCAGUCUGUUGAAGUUGAGGAGAAGAUAACUAAUUGUGAUGGAAACGAAGGCAUCCAGAAUCUUCAACCAAAUACCUUGAAAAACCAAGAGAUCUUAGAAAAAAAUCUGUUCAAAUUUCAAGGGGGUAUACUUUCAAAACUCUCAACUCCCCCUUUUCCUGAUCAGUUUACAGAAAAAAAGCAAGAAGACAAGCAAGAAGAGCCAAAAGAGAAAGAGAGUGAAAAACUAAUAGUUAAAGAAUCUGAAAAAGAAAAGGGACAGUCAAAAGUCCGUGAACAUGAAAAAAAUGAGCAACUAAAGGAGAAAAAAGAAAAGGAAGAGCCAAAACAGUCGACUGAAACGACGGCCACUCCGCCGACCACCUACGGGUACUGCGGUCUAAUCAACCUGGGACUGUCCUGUUACGCCAACUCCUGUCUGCAGGUCCUCUUCAACCUUCCGCCGUUUCGUCAGUACCUGAUGACACACUCAGAACAGGGUCCAUUUCACAAGUCACUUUCAGAGCUGUUUUCUGCCAUGCAAGCAAAGUCAUCUUCACUUGAAGUGCCCAACCAGGCGUUUGUUUCUUACAAACCAGAGCAGUUUAUAGGACAGUUUCGCGCUGCCAAACGAGACUUUGCCACCCACCGAAUGGCCGAUGCGCAUGAGUUUUUCACCAUUCUUCUUGAUCUGCUGCACCAAGAGGCUAAUGAGGUGGGCAAAAAAACCAGCGAACGGCCAAAAGCAGUGGAGCCGAAAACUUCUGAAGAGGCGUGGGCGUACCAUGAGCAGUACAUCGACCACAGCUUCUGGUCGAGUCAGCUGAUGGGACAAGUGCAGUCAACGCUGAAUUGUCUGACCUGUGGUCACAAGAGUCUCUCGUGGAGUUGCAUUUGGCAGCUGCAGUUGCCGUUGAUUGCCAAAAAAGCAGUGGCUCAGCAGCAAGGGAAAGAGCAGCUGAUCAGACUCAACUCGUUGGAAACCUUAGACAUAAACAAGCUCACUCUCAGCGGUAAGAGCACUCCGCCAGUGAUCACGCUGUCCGACUGCCUGAACGCCUACUUUGCCGGAGAGAAACUCGCCGAUGACUGCGCACCCUUCUGCGAACAGUGCUCCCAGCGACGCCCUGCCACAAAAAGUGUGACCGUUUGUCGAGCGCCUAAGGUUCUGCUGGUGCACCUGACGCGCUUCCUUCCUGACGGCAGCAAAAACCUCGAGCCAGUGAGCAUUGACGAGCACAUAGAACUUACCUCGAGCACGUCAUACAAACUGCUCAGUGCCGUACUGCACUACGGCAGCAUCAACUAUGGUCACUACGUCACACUGUACAACCAACAGCAACCUCACCAUCAGCCAGGUGACAAGCAGUCUGAAGGUGAGCAACAUCAGCAGUGGAUCAUACUGGAUGAUGAUGUUGUCGAUAAGAAGCUUGCCAAGAGUGCUGCCACUGAAAUGCUUGGCAAAAACGCCUAUCUGGUCAUUUACCACCUUGAUGAGUCACAAUGA